CAGACGACAAAUUGCAAAAGUUGACGCUUUCCAAUUUCCAUUUCAAGUUGUUGUCUGACGUUUCCAUUCUGUCCGGUUGCCUCGUUUCUAGAUUUCCAAAACUGUUGAAGCAAACUACGUUAUUUCGUUGUUUGCUUCGCAAUGAGCACCAGAGAAACUGAUGAACAACAAAGGAUUCGAUUUCAGGUGGAACUAGAAUUUGUGCAAUGUUUCGCAAAUCCAAAUUAUCUGCACUUCCUUGCUCAACGUGGCUAUUUUAAGGAUCCGGCGUUUGUCAACUACAUCAAGUAUUUACAGUAUUGGAAGGAGCCUGCUUAUGCAAAAUAUUUGAAGUACCCAAUGUGUUUGCAUUUCCUAGACUUGCUUCAAUAUGAGCAUUUCAGAAAGGAGGUUGUGAAUGGCCAGUGUGCUCGCUUCAUUGAUGAUCAACAAAUCCUUCACUGGCAACAUUACACUAGAAAGAGGGUUCGUCUUCUUCAAAGUCAAGCUGAGAAGCACAUGAUGACUGUUCAGAAUGAGCCAACACCCCAGAAAAGUGUUUGAUUCAUGAUAAUUAUUGUUUAAGGAACUUUUUAAACUUCUCUUAUAUUGGGCAAGUAUAUGCAAGACAAUAUAGACAAAUUUUUGUAAA